AUGUUCUUUGUGAAAAUUCUUGGCCCAGUCAUCGGUUUGCUGGUUGGUAGCAAGCUAAACGAGAUUUACUACACCUUCGAUCGUAAGUACAGACGUCUUAUAUUCUUUUUUGAGCUCAAAGUAGUUCAUAAUCAAUUGCAGUACAUUGAAAACCAGAAAAUUUUUGGGGAAAGUGAUCCAUUAUUUCAGCUCCACAAGGCCUCACUCCUCUGGAUCCUAUGUGGAUUGGUUGUUGGUGGCUCGGAUUCCUUAUCUUUGGGUAUCUUUCAACUUUCUGCUCUUCUGUUUUUCCCAUCACUAGCUUUGUUUCUCUUCCCCUCGGAUAAUCUCGAUGAGGAUGAAAUUACGGAUGAAAUUGCUCUCGAAAAAGCCAAACUUAAUGGUGAUGUAACGUGA